UGUACAUGUACAUUCAAAGUGCUUUUAAUUUGGCUUGAAACACGUUCAAAGGACACAUUUUCUUAAAUAAUUUGACUGAAACAUCAUUUAAUAUCAUAAUGGGGUGCUCAUCUAGUCUAGUUUUCCCGCCGUCUUACCCCAGGAAAGAAGAAAUAAGAAUUCGCCACACCGCUAUGAAAAACAUCGACAAGUAUUUUUAUCGCUUGUAUGAGCAAAUCAAAGUCCAGCAAAAACCAGAAGAAGUAAUACACAUCAGAGACGGGGUCGAGAAAAUAGCCCAUACUCUACUGGGUUUAGUUUCAGACACUCAUCCAAGGUUUAAAGUGACAGAAGACGGGUUCUUGAAAAUUGGAAGUUUUUAUGAAGGGUCAAAGUUACGUUUUCCUGAUCAGUUUGAUUUUGUGGCUGUUCUCGAUCAGCUGUCGGAGAAGGAAGACAAUAUUAAAGUUGAAGAUUUGAACAGCCCUGAAAAUGGGUUUAAUGUUCGAUUGUAUGUGAAAAACAAUAAGGAUAAUGCAAAAUUUAUAGCAACUUGGAGUAAAUGGAUAAAUGGAGAUUAUAUAGUUGGACAAAAAUCUAACACACAAAAACGUGAAGGUUUGUUGGACAAUUUCUUUAAAUGUUUAAAGGCAGUGUUUCAUUUGCUUCCAUGCGUAGAGACGACGUUUGGGUCUCUGACAACAGAGGGUGGUCCAAUUCUCGAUGGAACUGCAGUGAAAGUGCAACUUCUGCUGACACAGAAAUGGGAAAUAUAUCGAGAGUCGAAAAGAUUUGAAGGAGAAACGCAUCAUUCAGUUUCAUUUUCUUUGACUCCGACUAUAAGAUGGCGCAAAAUUAAAGAUGUUUUGUUCGCCGAUGAUUCAGUGUCUGACGAUAUAUUCAAAGAAGCUGUUUCGCACGACUCAUUCCUUCUUGUACCAAAUGAAUAUGGGAAUUUUAACAAAUGGUUUCCGGAAGCAGAGACAAGAAUUAUGAAGUCGCUCACCCCGAAUCACACAAAAACAUUUUGCAUUUUGAAGUUUAUUUUCAAUGGAUUUGAAAAUAUCCAUGCAAACAGUUCAAAGUUCUUGUCUGCAAAAAAUAUAAAUCGAAAAUUCCAACUGUUUGAUUCAUUUGCCUUAAAGAUGGUAUUUAUGGAAAAUAUUUGCCACUGUCCAUGCCAUCACUAUUCUGACUUUGAAAUUUAUGACUGUGUGAUGCAUAUGCUCAAUGCUAUUCUAGACAGUUUGUAUAUCAGAACCCCAGACGGCACAACCGUUAUAUACCGCCAUGCUAUCAUUAAAAGUGAACAGGAGGUGACGCAAGAUAAUGAUGUCACAGGACUAUAUGAAUUUGCUAUACAAGAUUUAAUAAAACACGAUUUGAAGUUUUGGAUUGGUGAAAAAGAAAAGUACGAUUUGCGAAAGGACAAUUAUGGAAUAACUCCAAUCAUUGAAAAGAUAACGAAAACCAUGAUAUCAUUGAAUGUUAAAUAGACUUUCAACAUUCAUGUGUAUCAAUAGUGUAUUUAACGUAUUUAUUUG